UUUGAUCGCAUAUGCAAAGUCUAGAUUCGUAUUCGUAGUUAUAUGAGGUUUACUUUUAUUACAAGUGUUAAUUUUGUUGAAUCGAAAGUUUUGUUAGUUUUCAUAUAGAAAUUUAAAUAAGUAGUGUUAAUUCAGUGAAAGUCGUAAGCCUACCUUAAGCAUUAGUUGAAGUGAUUCCCUUUCUUAAUGAAAAAAUUUAGUGAUUAACUUCUAGGUGAAGAGACAAAAUAAUAACUUUGUUUUCCAUUGGCAGAAGACAAAACGCCUUACUCAAAGGAAAGAAGGAUGAAAGAAAACUCCCAACUAUUGUUACAUUCGUAAUCUUUUUAAAUGGUUGUUAAUGGGGGAUGUUUUCAUAGCCUGGUUAUUCCCUACAAUAAUCAUGUCGAUUUGACAAAUUUUACAAGCAUGGCAGGGAAAGCAGUUCUAAUUUGUAGGCCGAAUUCCCAUCCCUUUGUGGAUCGAACAUUGUCCCUUGAGCAGCCAGUGAAAAUUGGCAGAUCUGUCGCUAGAGCUCGGGCCGCCCAGAGUAAUGGCAUAUUUGAUUGUAAAGUGCUGUCACGCAAUCAUGCUCUUAUUUGGUACAACAACGGAAAGUUCUAUCUGCAAGACACAAAGAGCAGCAAUGGAACUUUCAUCAAUAAUCAGAGGCUCAGCAAAUCUGGUGAAGAGUCUGUACCUAGGGAGGUCAGCUCCGGAGACAUUGUGCAGUUUGGAGUCGACGUUUUGGAAAAUUCUCGUAAAGUAACUCAUGGCUGUAUUGUUGCGAAUUUGAAACUCUAUCUGCCUGAUGGCAAGGAAGCCAAAGCCAGUCCAUCGAGUUCAGUUUUGAGUGGUGUAGGAUCAGUGGCAGUUGAAGACUUGUAUCAGCUUAAUCAAUACAUUCAGGAGGGUCUUCAGCGAGAGCAGAUGCUACAGACUAAGUUGGCCUCCUUACAGCAGCUGUUGUUGUCCCUCCGUCAGUCCGUAGACCUUGGUUGGAAGGCUCUCAUUGCAGAAGACCGACUGUUAUCGCGUGUUGAGAUUCUUGAGAACCAACUCCAGACAUAUGCAAAGAAUUUUACCGAGGACAAACUGCGAGAUGAGUUGAGGAAUCUUCAAAAAGAUAAGUGUGUCUACCAAGACCUUGCAAAAGAGUGUCUUCAGAAGGUCUUACAAGAGAAAUUAGAAGUGGUCCAGAGGUGUCAAGACAUAGAAAGAGAAUUGCGAAAUGCUGAGACGGAAUGUGCUAACUUCAAAGAGAUAAUGGAGAAAGAUCACGAAGAGCUUCAAGAGCUCGCUUUAAAACACAAUGCUCAAGUUCUCAAGGCAGUGGAGCUGCAGAAUAAGCUUCAGGACGCAGAAGAGCAAAAGAAGGACGCCCUAGCCAUACUAGAAGCGGAGAAUGAAGAGCUAAACAAUGAGGUGAAGAGGCUACUAGCUAACGAAGCCGUCAUGCAUGAGAAGAUCCAACAACUGGAGGCUUCUGGAGAGAUUGUGGGGCGGCAGCUACUCGGCAUACAGUCUCAGUUCCAGUUCAAACGUUCCCCUGAUAUCCACAAACACCUCUCUUCACUGAAGGAGAGAAAUGGUAGCACUGAAGAUGUGAUUUGUAAAAACAACGAUGAAGAGUUAAAUGACGAAAACCAGAAAGACGUAACAACAAACUCAAUGGAUACCCUGAUGAACCGACUGACACUGUCUAUUAACGAACAAAAGAAAACCAAAGAAGUUGUGGACUUGAUUGAAGCUCAAGUUUCACUACUUCAAAGUGACAAAAUGACCAAAUUGCAGCAGAUAAAUUCUUUAGAAGCUGAACUAGAAGUGCACAUAGACAAACUAAUGAACUAUAAAGAAGAGCAUAAGAAACUGGAACAGUCGUUAUUAUCCUUAGAAAAGUCUGCGAAAGAAGAGUCUCUGAACAAAACAGAUUCAUCGGCGAUGGAUAAUCAAAUUAAUUGUGAUGAUCUACUACCCAAUGGAUCACACAGCUCAGAGAAAGAAGCGCUACAGUCACAGAUGGAAGAGCUGAAAGAUAUGAUUUAUCAUAUGCAAAUUGAAGUUUCGUACCAUAACUGCAAGAGUGAAGUACUAACAGAGACGAUGAAAGAAUCAAGGAGUAAGAUGGGUGCCAUGGAACAGACUAUUGCCCUACUACAAAUAGAUUUAAACAAUGCCAAAAAAAGUCUUAACGAUAUUACGAAAAACUGGCUUCUUCAUGAAGAAAAACUGCAUGCAGCCCAGAAUUUGAAAGAUGAAACAGAAACAUCUGUUCAUAUGCUACGGGAGCAGCUGAACGCACUAGAAAACUCGAUAUUGCAUUUAAAAGAUCAAGAGAAGUUUGAGGUGGAGUCCGUCAACAAACACAAAGAAGAAACUACUUUACUCAGAAAGCAACUGCAGGAGGCCCAGCAAACUGCAAAGCAGUGUAAAAAUGAGGCCGAGCUGGUAAAGGAAAAGUUGCGGGUAGUCUCUCAAGAACUUGAAGUAUCAAAGUCGAUAACGGAAAGAAACAAUGUAGCGACAGAGACACAGCUCGAUAACAGGGCUGCAGAGGAGUUGGCGGCAGCCAGGCUAGAGGCUGCAACACUCCAGGCACAAGUAUUGGGAUUGGAAUCACAAAUCAAAAAACUGAGGCUGGAGAGCAAUCAGAAACAACAAGAACUGGCUGAAAACAAUGAUGCGGGGACCACUUCUGACACGAUCAUCGAACAAUUACAGCUGAGGGUGAGGGAAAUGGAGGAGGAGCUGGUUUUAGUUAAGGAGAAGUACAUGGCUUUCAAUGAGAAGAACGUUAAGCUCGAGAAAGAGUUGACUGACCUAAAGCAAGACUAUGAAGCUGUUGUUCAUCAGCCUUACUUUUAUCCUUUCUUUGGCCCAUACCAACAAUCUACUCUUAAGAAUGUGGUAUUCGUGCUUCCACUGCUAGUUUUGUUCAUUGCGAUGACGAUCGCCUUUCAUCCCACUCUUGCUCGCCUCAUGGGCACCAUCGACUCUUCUCUGCCAAAUACAUAAAGCUGCGAUCAACACCCAACUGCAGUGCCUUUAUCACUCUCUUUCCUACCCUAAUUAUUUCCAUGUGUCAUAUAUAUUUGUACGUUUUGUUACUGGCUAUGAACUUCAAGUAUGACUUGUGUUAAACGUAGAAAGUAAUGUGUAGUUAUAUAUAUUUUCUAAGAAUAUUUGAGCUUAUAAUUUAGCUUGUGGAUCGAUUUAUUUAAUUUGGAGAUCUUUUACAAUGAGCGCACACCACCCAUAUGUUCUGUCCGGUGAUGACGGCCGUUACUCGUCGCCGUCGCCGUACAUAGAUAUAAAUAAUGUAUCUUGUAUAAAAUUGUUUGAAUACUGAUGUGAAUCGCACAUCUUUUUGUCAAAUGUGUGAUAAUAGGUGACAAAAGUCACUUUUUGUACAUAGUAUAAAUUAUAUACAUAUAUAAAUAUAUAAAUACUUUUAAAGUAAUUAAAUGUAGUUUGGAAGUUGUAAUAUCAUAGCAUAAUGUAAAUUCCAUUGAUUUCCAUUCAUUAUGUGAAUUAUAUCACAGUUUGAUUUUAGUUUUAACAAUAAGUACGUCUUACUGGCUUACUUCCUUGGCCUCUGAAACCUGAGUAGAUUUUUGACCUCUCCAUUUCAUUCUACCCUGUGCUGCUUGCAGUGUAAUUCCCAUUCUACCAAUGUCAUUGUCAACUCUGUCAGUCUCUGUCUGCCAAGUGGUCUUCUUCCUAUCAGGUCUCAUAGGCAGAUCAUUGCUUUCUCCUUUCCUCCACUCAUGUUCCAUCCAUCUUAAUCUGUGGCUCGGUUUUUCUGGAGAGUCAUUUAUACUGAAAAUUAAUGUCUCAGGACUAUUUUUAUCUUCUUGAUGCGAUAAUCUGUAGUUGAUUUCCUUUGAUAUUUAAAUUCUGUCACCCUUUUAAUAAUCAAAUCAUUACACUCAGACUUUCCUGUUCAGUGGUCUAGUCCUUAUUGCCACUUUCACAUAUUUUGUUUCAUUUUUAUUAAUUUCAAAGUCCUACACAAUUUCCUUCUGCAAUUAGUGUUGUUUUAUCGAUCUCACUAGACUCUUUAUUUCAUAUUAUAGGUUAUUAAUAGAUAAAAUAUCGCAUCUAUUGUAGAAUUACAUUUUCUGAAACCGAACUGAUGGCUAUUCAAUAUUUGUUUUUCUUCCAAGAAAGAAAUAUCCUCAGAAAUUUUAUCUAAAAAAAAAAACUUUGUAAGCUACUGGCAUAUGUAAAUUUUGAAUUUAUUUCCAUUUAAUUUGCAUUGAAUCAGCUCUUCCCACCAUAGAUGUGUUAUGGCAUAUACCAUUUGAAUUGUUCUUUUUUAUUACUCUUGUGUAUAGGUUCAACCUAUGAAAUUUUAAUUCCCUUCGGAAAAUGUCCAAUCUCAAAAGAUGUGUUAAUGAUUAUAGUGAGUGGUUUAGAAAUUUUAUAUCUUUGCAUACCUGUAAUAUACAACAUGGGACUUCAUCAAUAGGCCACAAGUUUAAGCCUACAGCCAAAUAAAAUGCAUUUAUAUUCUGGAGUACUGGUCCGGUACAUUUCAUCCUGUCAGUUUUAAAAUGUCCUCAAUAAAGUAACUGUACAUUACUUGUUCAUUACAUGUCAAGUCCACCCCAUUCCCUACUGUCGAGGUGUCCUUCUCCUGAGACUUAUGACCUUUUCAUCAAUUUAUUUAACGUGUGAUUAUCUACACUAAAAAUGUCUUUGGAAAGCAAAUGUGAAAUAUGUACAAAUCUCAUUAGGCGUGUUAUUCACAUUUUUGGUCUAACUCAGAUAAAAGUAAUUAUUUAAAGUUGUUUAUUUCAUUUAUUAUCCGCUUCUCUGUUUCUUUAAAUAUUGUUUAAAAAAAAGGCUUAUGACUUGAUAAUUCCCAACCUUCAAAUUAUUGUGUGAUCCUGAGAUGUAGUGGUGGAGGUGUACUAUUUAUUCUCUCUGAAAUCAUCUGUUUCUUUUCCAGCUUCAAAGAUUACCUAAAUUUGAUGUAAAUUUUGUCAACUUUCGGUUCAUUCCUCUCAACUUCAACAUAUACAUUUUAAUGUCAGUUGAGCCAAUUUACAAUGAUACUUCCUUAAUUUUUGUACAUUUUAAUGUCAGUUGAGCCAAUGUACAAUGAUACUUCCUUAAUUUUUGUACAUUUUAAUGUCAGUUGAGCCAAUGUACAAUGAUACUUCCUCUAAUUUUUGUAUUACGGUGUUAUCAUUAUCAAUAUUUUUCACUAAUCCCAUUGAGUUACCCACUGAGUUACUAUAAUUCAUGUAGAUUAUAGUACUCACAUGUAUCACGGGCCAAUGUGUUCAUCGUUUACUGUCAUUCCGAAUGUCCUUAUUACGGUAUACCCUGUCCAUUGCCGUUUGAUUAGGGUUGGGUAUGGUUUGGUGUAUUUAUUUUGUAAAAAUGUUAGUAUAAUGUUUUGUUUUCGUAAUAUUAAUAGCAUAAAACUAUUAGACAAUUUAUACAAUAGAAUGAGUGGAAAUCAUUGGAAUUCAAACUAAACGAAUGCUUGAAAACCUAUUUUAUCUUUUUUAGCCUAGCAAUACCUUGUUAUUUGUUAUUGUGUCUAGUCAUUGAACCUUGAUUACACACAUCCCAUGUUGUUAUCAUCUUUUAUUUGUUAUUAGUUGAUGUAUUUCACUAUUAGUCUAGUUAGACAAUUCCUGGUAUAGUUUACAGUUAUGUGGCCAACGAUUAAUUAGAGUUCAAUGCUAAAGAGUAUAGUGUGUCAUCAGUGAUUGAGUUUUAGUGCAUAAAUGUAUACACAUGUUCCAAUAUGGACCAAUUUGACCAAGUAAGUGAUCAUGUAUUGAUGAUCAAGUAAUUUUUUUUAUAGACAACAUUUUAACUUAAACCAAAAACCUUUUAGCAAAACUUCCAAUGACAAUUGGACAUCUACCAUAACUGUUGUAUUAUAUUAACAAUAUAAAAAUAUGGCUCAAGUUUUGUCUGACAACUGGGUGAGUGUGGGUUGGUUGAGCACAGUGCACUGUUAUAGUGUAUGGUUACAAUACUUGUAACUUGUUACAUUUUUUUGACAUUUUAACUUCCUGUUCAGUUGACCAUUGAUGUGCUUUAAAUUGAACAAAUUUGUAAAAUCAAUAGAGUUUGUGGUAAAAUUUGUCUCAAAACAGGUGUUUUUAGUUAGAUUUAUUUGUAGCCCAUAUUAUACUAUACACUAUUUGCACCUACAAGCUAAAUUUCAUUAAAACUAGACCAUUAUUUAGGUCUUUUAGCAUGAUUUCAAUCUUAUUUUUUCCCAAAAUUAUUUUUAACUUUAAAUCACGUAAUGAAGUUAGUGAAGAGCAAUUAAUCCAAUGUUUUAAGUAAAAUUAUUGCUUUUGUCAAAAUCUUAUGAAACUUUAAAAGUAUGGUUUCACUUAAUUUAUAAAAUGACUGGUCCCCAAUCAAAAUAAUUUAAGAGGUGUGUGGAUCUUAUAGAAAGGCGUGGUACAAUAAAAACCUAAAAACAAUGCACGUGCCAAGUCUCAGGGAAGAGAGACCUCAUCUUGUAGAAACUAGAUUGCAGAAGUCCUUCCUAAUCACCGGAACUUUUAAUAUCAGGUAGAGCACCCAGAAACGAGGUUAUUAACUAGAAUGGGCAGACAACAGGCUACCGGCCUGACCACUGGCUAACAAACUAAACACUUUGAAAAAUAAAUAAUACAUAUGUUAGCAAACUACAUAAAUAUACAUUUGAGAAAGAUUUUCCCAAUGGUUAAAUUUGCAGGUCUCUAGACAAUAUAAUCAUUUUUUUAAAUAAGUCAUAUUUUGGUUUCAAAAGAGCUUAAAACGAGUGUUAAAAGUGAAAAUGUAAAAAGUAAAUAUAUAAGAUUUAUGAAUAAUAUGAUUCUGGACUUUACCAACCCACAAAUUGUAAGUGAAAGUGUAACUAUAUUCUUUAAUCAAUAUGUUUACAAUGCGCGAAUGACCCAAACUAUUUAUAGUACAAAAUCCUGAGUUAAUGUCAUAAAGUUGCCAGUUUUCAUUGGCUAUUUUAUAUACCAAAAAGUCAAAUUUUUGUCACUUUUAAGUAGUUAAUAAAAAUCUUAGGACGUUUUAUAUAUUGCAAUAUUAUCUUAAGAUUCUGGAAAAAAUUAUAGUAUCAGAUAAAUAGAGAAGUAAAAGGGUAUUUGCUAUCAGCAUUUAGUUAGUUUUUGUGCAAAUUUUAUUACUAUUAUUUCUUAAUCUGAUGUAAUUUGUGCCAAACUCGGUUUGCCAUGUCUUUCCAUCCAAUGGUAACCGGCGAUCUGCAUUUAUACAUUGUUACCAUUAUAUGUAUCAGAUCAGUUACUAGGAUCUUGACAGUAGAUUAGAAACACCUUACAAUAUUAUUGUUAGGCAAUAAUUUGCAGAAGACUUAAUUUUCUUUAAUAACGUGUCUUGCUGUUUCGUUAGAUACAGCAGCUAUAAACUUUGUUCUGUUUGAUUGUUUAGAACCAAAUUGAUGUUUUGUUUGUGUCCAUUGUAUUCAUGUUUUGUUGUGCUCAUUGUAUUCAUAUUUAUUUUGUGUUUCUAUAAAAUUUGAUCUGUUAUAAAACAACUGACUGGGCAUGUGCUUCUGUUAACAUGAUUCGUACACCUCACAUCUGUGUACUGUUAAAAUACUCAUGAUGAUGUAGCUCCAACUUUUUACUGUAUUUCUGUUUCUUCUCUAAGUGUUACUAGAGAAAAUAACAAUAAACUUUUAGUAAGUACUCGAGUAACACAUGAAGAUUUCAUUGAUACAUUGAGAAUCAGGAGAUAUAUGUUAUAUGUAAUAAAAGACGUACAAUUAUUUUCUUAUACUACCUAUUUCAUUAUUCGUUUAUCUGUUGGCCAAACUUUCCUUUUGUCAAAUCUGCUAUUUUUCUUAUGUACCAUGAAAUAUUUGUGUUGUAAUAUGUUCUCUAAAGAUACUAAUUUAGCUGUAGCUGAAAGAAAUUGUAUCUGUUUACUUUUCUGAUGUGUUGUCGAAAGUCACUACAAUAAAUAUUAUGGAUAAGAAUGCUAGUGUACUGUACGCUUUAUUUACUUGUUACAACUAGGAGUUGCUGUCAUCCUUCUUGUUGUCUUGUAUGUAUUGAUUAACAAAAUUGUCAAGUUGUUUCCGUAUAAAAGAUUUCAAUAAAAAUGCUCCAUAA